ACGACUAGACUACGAGCGAUCGAGCGCGCAGAGUAGACUUGCUUGCGCAAGCAUAUUGAGCCCCAAAAUUACCUUCUGAACUGGAACUAAGCAGUAAAAGGCACUGUGGCUUUGCCAUAUCUUCUCUGCAGUUAGAAAAUAAGUCGAAAUAACCUACCACCCUUCAAAAUCAAAGCAGAACUAGCUUUUAAGAGGGAAAUCUAAAUUGUUGAUUUACUCUGCACACCGAAUACUACACGUGGGACUGUGAGAGUGAAAUGGGAGGAUCUAGACUCCAUCCAAAAUAUCCAUACACUUUAUAUUAUUUUAUAUUUUGUACUAUAAUAAAAAUUGUAAAAUUGUUUUCAAAAAUUUUUUAAUCAAUUAUUAUAUUUUAUUUCUUUGAUAAUAAGUCAUGAUUAAAAAAAACACGAAUAUUGUAUGAAAUAUAUUUAUCGGAGCGCGGCGUGCAGCCUCCUAGCUGCGCAUGCGCAUUAAUCUACAAAAGCCAUCACGCGACGUUGGUAAAGAACAAGAAGAUCUUCUCACGAAUUUCAAAGCCAAAGGACGAUAUUUUUACAGAAUUUUUAACACUAAAAACAAAGAGAAACAUAGGAAAGUUUACGGCUCAGUAUAACGAUGCUCGGGAUGAGGAGUUUGUGAGGCGUUUUUUCGUUAUUUGAAACACUGAGAGCCAAACAUGACGCAGUAUCUGCCUCCAAAUUUGUUGGCACUUUUCGCUCCACGCGAGCCCAUUCGUUAUCUUCCUCCACUGGACAAACUUCCAGAAGAGAAAAGAACCGACGGUUACAGCGGGAUUUCAAGCUAUGUUCAACUCUUUGAGGAUCCUGCAGACACCCCACCUCCAGCUCGGGGAGAAACAAGAGAAGAGAAGCGUCUUCGGAAGAUAAAGGAGAAAGAGGAGUCGUGCAAACAAAAGAUGGAAAGCGAAGUCUCAGAAUGGGAUGCCCACAGCAAUCCAAGUGCAACAUCAAAUGCCUUCAAGACACUCUUUAUAGCCCGUAUUAACUACGAUACCACAGAGUCUAAGCUGAGGAGAGAGUUUGAAUCAUAUGGUCCAAUCAAAAUGAUUAGCAUUGCCCAUGACAUCAACACCGGCAAACCGAAGGGAUAUGCUUUCAUAGAGUAUGCACACGAAAGAGACAUGCAUUCGGCCUACAAGUACGCAGACGGUAAGAAGAUCGACAAUCGCCGGGUUCUGGUGGAUGUGGAGAGAGCGAGGACAGUCAAGGGAUGGGUGCCAAGAAGACUAGGUGGUGGUCUAGGAGGGACCAGACGAGGAGGACCCGAUAUCAACUCGCGUCAUUCAGGAAGAGACGAUCCAUCCGGAAACAGGGAAAGAGAAAAGGAGCGUGAAAGGGAGGACGAGGAAAGAGAUCGCCGCGAAAGAGAAGAACCCGAGCGUGAUCGCGAAAGAGACCGGGAUCGUGAGAGGCGACGUGAUCGGGACAGAGAUCGCGACCGGGAUCGGCGGGAUAGAGAUCGCGAUCGCAGGAGGAGAGGAGAAAAUGACGAGCGGGAGAGAGAUCCGGACAGAGAGCGUGAUCGCGAGCGGGAGAGAGAUCCGGACAGAGAGCGUGAUCGGGAGAGAGAUCCGGACAGAGAGCGUGAUCGCGAGCGGGACCGAGGACGUCGUGACAGGGAUCGGGACCGUGAUCGAGAUCGCGAUCGCAGCAGGCGAGACAGGGAUCGCGAUCGCGACAGGGAUCGUGACCGCGACCGUGGUGAUCGCGACAGGAGACGGGAUCGUGACCGAGACCGCGAUGACGCGAGGCGCGAUGAGGGUCGGGAUGAGAGCAGGAAAGAUCAGUUUGAGGAUGAAGAUGGCAGGAAGGGUGAGUAUGAAGACCAACCAGAAGGCUAUAACCAGGAUCAAGAGGAACAAGGUGGAGGUGAUGGAUACCCAGAGCAAGAAAACCAGUACGGAGAGGACGAUCGCCAAGAGGCGGAUUUCCCCGCCGAGGAUUACCACGCCAAGCUCAAGGAAUACCGCGGGAUGGAAGCCGAAGACGAGAUCCAGAACGAAGACCAAUCCAACGGUCUCGCGCAGGAAGAACACGACGAUUCUUUUCAAAACACUUUCUAAACUUUUCCAUUUGGUACCCUGGUCGCCAUUUACCAGUUGUGAUUUUAAGUUUUAAUGAGGAAUGAAGACAAUAUCUUGAUUUUUUUUAAUGAAAUAGUAAAAACUUUGUUGGGAGGUAUCUCGGCAUUGAAUUAAAGAUUAAUUUUACCUGAUGAACGUCGUCUAUGAGAUCAGAAUGUUAUGAAAUUAUUUGCGUCAACAAUCCUAUUAGGAAUGACUUUGCACAUCAUUGAAAAGUACAUAGUGGAUGGUACUUUUUUUAUUUUUUUUAUAGUAACAAAAUGGGUAAGUAUGAUAGAUAAUGUUUAUGUUAAUAGGAUUUAAAUAAUUUGGGGGAUACACGUUUCUGUCAGCUUUCUAGCACAUGUCGUUCAGAAAUGGGUAAGUGUAAUUGUAUCUGCAAAUCACUGAUUUUUAAUCAUUGGGGGCAUAUUAUAUUUUCAUGUUUUUUCUUGGUUUUAUAACAUAUUAGUUACAAAAUAGGUAAGUGUGAAAAUUGAAUUAAAUCUGUAAAUCCUUGAUUUUAAGGUUGAUACCAAGAUUGAAGAAGUGGUUGGAUGGGGGGGGGGAUAUUUUAAUGUUACUAAGCACAUUUUUGGCCCUCACUCAAAAUAAGGGGGGGGGGAUUGAAUUACACUGUACAUGUAUUGUAUCAAUAAGUCAAUAUAGCUCUACAUGUAGAUACAGAAUGGAGGGGGGGGGGGCAUAGGUAUUGGUGUCUGCAGAAAAGGUAGUUAAUGUAUAUAUGUGUACCUUUUUUCUCUUGUUUUUUUAUGCUCAAUUAUGCAUUGUUUUGUUCAUCAUAGAUGUGAAUACUCAUUGAUUUAACCCCAAGAGGAUUACUGACUCCUCCGGGCCUGCCGGAUUUUAUACAAUUUAAUGUAAUCCCAUCAUUUUCCUCCAGUUCCGUGCUAAUUCAAGAUUCACAAGUUAUGUUUGGGUAAGAUAUUACAAGCUGUUCUUGUCUCCUUUUUACACUAACAAGCUCAAUUGCACAUUUCCGAAUUCUCAUCAUGGUUUUGAAAGUAGAGUCAAAGAUCAAUUGUUCAUUUCUCAAUUCUCAACUCUGUGAUGUAUGGAAGGAUAGUUGAAUGCACCAGAGUCUGCACAAUCAAAGUACUUUCCCUCAAUACAGGCAUGCCAACCGUUACUAUUUUAGAGUGUUUGUUCCUCGUUUUUGCUAUGAAUACGCCAAUACUUCUUUUUAAUGAUUUGUUACUUUAAAAAAAUUCCAAUCAUGGAGUAUGUAGUAUAGCGCGCAAUACUAGCGCCAGACCAGUAAAAAUCACUGUUGGGCCAGUAACUUGUAACAAAUAAAUUCUUGCCUAUGAGCAAAUGUUUAAAGGGGUGAAUUAUCAAGUUUUCUAGUAGAGUCAUUAUGUUUUUUUACCAAUUUCUUUACAACAGGCUGGUGAUUGUUACGUUGAGACAAAUAUUUAAAAAAAAAAAUUUGUUCAAAAAAUACUUUUUCUCCCUUCUAAGAAUAUUUUUUUGUCGAAGGUUGGCAGGUCUGUUAAUAGUCAAUAGAUCUACUCUACCCUGAUACUCUAAUUGUAUGUGCUAUCAAGCUUACAAAUCAGCUAUACGAUCAUUCGCUAAUAAGCCUUGUGUUGCAGACUCCAGAUUUGUUUUACUUCAUCUAAUUAAGAAAUACAUGUACACUUAAUUCUCUGUUACACUAAAUCUCCUUGUAAUACAUGUAUGUAAACCACAUACCACCCACAGUAUAUAUAAUGUAGUUUAGGCUGUAUGUGACUCCCACAAAAUGAGUAGCUUCAACCUUGUAUGAUAUACACUUUAUUCCAUUAAAUACUAGCAAUGUGUCAUUGUCAUCUUUCAGGAUAAUACUAAUCCAAUUUUGACAAUUAAAUCAAGCUAAACCAGACUUGUAAAAAAAAGGGGGGGGGGUUCUAGGUGCCAUUUUUUUAAAUAAAAAAAUAACGUUUUCUUUUUCGUCAUAUUACUGUAACUUUUUCUCCACGGUUUGCUAUGUUUUAUUUUCCUAACAGGCAACACAGUUUGUACAUUGGAUCUAAUAAGUGGUUUGUAUUUGCAUUUCCGGAAUAAAAGUAAACUGUAUGUAUUAUGUA